UCCAGCAACCCGCUCAAGGAGAACAAGCCGCCUGCGACGCCUACGCCGCGACCGCCGCCGUCAGACCCCAACCUGGCGCAGUGUCCCAUCUGCACGCGCGCCUUCGCCAAGGAUCGGCUGGAGAAGCACAAGACCAUCUGCGAAAAGAGCAACAAGAAGAAGCGCAAGGUGUUUGACCCGAUUAAGAUGCGGGUCAAGGGCACGGAGUUCGAGCAGUACAUCAAGAAGAUCAAGAGUGGUGCGAACGAUGAUAAGUCUCCGAAGAAGGCCGACUGGCGCAAGCAGCACGAAGAGUUCGUGGCCAACAUCCGGGCCGCCAAGCAGGCGCAGGCGCACCUGGACGCGGGCGGCAAGCUGGAGGACCUGCCGCCGCCGCCGCCGUCCGACACGUCUGACUACGUCGAGUGUCCGCACUGCGGCCGGCGCUUCAACGAGGCCGCCGCCGACCGUCACAUCCCCAAGUGCUCGUCCAUCUCGAGCAACAAGGCGCCCGGCCAGCCGCCGCCGAAGCAGGGCGGCCGCGGUGGCGGCAGGAAGCGCCGGUAGAGCGC